CGAGUUCCACCCACAUGGCUGCCCGAGCGGAUCGGCGGAAGAUGUUACCUGAAAGUGACGAGGGAACUAAAGGUCCGGAGAAGGAAGAGAAACAAAAUGGCAUCCCUAAAGAAGAGAAGCCACGGGGAAAGAAACGGGCCUCUUCUUCCGAAGGCCUCUUGCAGCCGGUGAAAUUGGGCAAAAGUGAGCUGUACAAGGUGCCCACCAAUGAAGAGCUGAGCCACCUCAAGGAGACCGAGAACCUGUUCCAUUCCAACCUUCUGCGCCUGCAGAUCGAAGAGCUGUUGAAAGAGGUGACCCUCAAGGAGAAGAGGAAGCAGCGGAUUGAUGCCCUCCUUCACGAAAUCAGCGGCAUGCUCAACAACGUCCCGGAGGUUCCCGCGAGAGAUGAAGUCUUCCAAGAGAAGGAUAACCUUAACCAGCGCUACCACCGCAAGAGGGCCCUCUACCUGGCCCACCUGGCCCAACACCUGGCCGAGACAAACCGCUUUGGGAGCGUGGCCUUUACUUACAUGAACGGCAACCACCUGAAGCCCCUUGUCCUCCUCCAGCCUCAAGGGAAGGAUGCAAAGAUGGUGACAAUCCGCCUCCAUGCCUGCCCAGCCCCGGGGGUCUUCCGGCCCCUCCGUUUGCACCCCAGCAAAAACAACGUCCGGACAGCUUGGUUCACGGAGAAGGACUCGCCUGGGACAGCCUUCCCUGACGGAGUUCCACCAGGCGUUUCAAGUGGUGUUCGUAGAUUCUUCUGGACUGGUGAACCUGUGUGCAGAUAUGACUGCCAACACUUACAAGCAGCCUCCGUCACAUCUUCAAACUCCAGACGGCUUGCAAGAAGAUGCAGCUGCUCAACGCGUUGAUGGACCGUGGCGGGAAUUACGUGGCCGCCGUUCUCCCGUUCUUCCUCAGCUUGCUGGAGCGUGGACUGGGCCGGCGGUUGACGCUCCUGGCUCAUCAAUUGCCUCAGACACAACCGGCCAUGGAGUUUCGGCAAUUUUGGGGCGAGCGGUCGGAGUUGAGGCGUUUCCAAGAUGGUGCCAUCUGCGAGGCCGUUUUGUGGGACGCUGCAAAUCUCUGCCAGAAACGUCUUAUUCCGGAGCAAAUCAUACGUCAUAUUUUGAAACU